GGGACCUAGGACGGCGGGGCAGCAGGGCGCGGGCGCCGCGGGCCGGGGAGCGCCAGAUGAUGGAUUUGGAUGUGCUUCUAUGAAGAAAUGCCACGUGUCUCAACUGGUCCAAGAACAAACAUGUCCAGACUACUGCCACCUUAGGGGACUAGGGGUUGUUGACAGCGCUUCCCGGGGAAUCAGGCGUGGUCUGACCCAGGAACAGCAAGCACGUCAUCACCAAUGACAUCAUGACAGCAAGAGAGCACAGCCCUCGCCAUGGCGCCAGGGCCCGUGCGAUGCAGCGGGCUUCCACCAUUGAUGUGGCAGCUGACAUGUUGGGCCUCUCUCUGGCAGGAAAUAUACAAGAUCCAGAUGAGCCCAUUUUAGAAUUCAGCUUAGCUUGCAGUGAGUUGCACACUCCAUCGCUAGAUCGAAAACCAAAUAGUUUUGUAGCUGUGAGUGUCACCACCCCUCCUCAGGCAUUCUGGACGAAACACGCACAGACGGAGAUCAUUGAGGGAACCAACAAUCCAAUAUUUCUAAGCAGUAUUGCCUUUUUUCAAGACUCUCUUAUCAAUCAGAUGACCCAAAUCAAACUCUCCGUGUAUGAUGUCAAAGAUCGAUCUCAGGGAACAAUGUAUUUACUGGGCUCCGGAACAUUCAUUGUCAAAGAUCUGCUCCAGGACAGACAUCAUAGGUUGCAUUUAACACUAAGAUCUGCAGAGAGUGACCGCGUGGGUAACAUCACUGUGAUCGGCUGGCAGAUGGAGGAGAAGUCGGACCAGCGGCCCCCUGUGACCCGGUCUGUGGACACCGUCAAUGGGCGGAUGGUUCUCCCGGUUGAUGAGAGCUUGACAGAGGCACUGGGAAUCCGAUCCAAGUAUGCUUCGUUGCGAAAAGACACUUUACUGAAAUCGGUGUUUGGCGGCGCCAUCUGCCGCAUGUACCGGUUCCCCACCACGGACGGCAACCACCUGCGGAUCCUGGAGCAGAUGGCAGAGAGCGUGCUGUCCUUGCACGUGCCCCGGCAGUUCGUGAAGCUCCUACUAGAAGAAGAUGCGGCCAGAGUGUGUGAGCUGGAGGAGUUGGGGGAUCUGUCCCCUUGCUGGGAGAGCCUCCGGCGCCAGAUUGUCACUCAGUACCAGACCAUCAUCCUCACAUACCAGGAGAACCUGACUGACCUCCAUCAAUACAAAGGUCCCUCGUUUAAAGCGAGCAGUUUGAAAGCAGAUAAAAAGUUAGAAUUUGUUCCCACAAACUUGCACAUACAGAGGAUGAGAGUUCAAGACGAUGGGGGGUCAGAUCAGAACUAUGACAUCGUCACCAUCGGAGCGCCAGCAGCACACUGCCAAGGUUUUAAGUCAGGAGGUCUCCGCAAAAAGCUGCACAAAUUCGAAGAGACCAAGAAGCACAGUUUUGAGGAGUGUUGUACACCAUCCAGCUGCCAGUCCAUAAUCUACAUACCACAGGACAUCAUCAGAGCCAAGGAGAUCAUUGCCCAGAUCAAUACCCUGAAAACCCAAGUGAGUUACUAUGCAGAGCGGCUCUCAAGGGCGGCUAAGGACAGGUCUGCCACUGGCCUCGAAAGGACCCUUGCCAUCCUUGCUGACAAGACCCGGCAGCUGGUCACCGUGUGUGACUGCAAACUGCUGGCCAACUCCAUCCAUGGGCUGAAUGCAGCACGGCCCGACUACAUUGCCUCCAAGGCCUCCCCAACGUCGAGUGAGGAGGAGCAGGUGAUGCUUAGGAACGACCAGGACACCCUCAUGGCCAGGUGGACGGGGAGGAACAGCCGUUCUUCUCUGCAGGUGGACUGGCACGAGGAGGAGUGGGAGAAAGUGUGGCUGAAUGUGGACAAGAGCCUGGAGUGCAUCAUUCAGCGGGUGGACAAGCUGCUGCAGAAGGAGCGCCUGCAUGGCGAGGGCUGUGAGGAUGUCUUCCCUUGCGCGGGCAGCUGUACCAGCAAGAAAGAUUGCAGCCCCCCUCCUGACGAGUCCAGCCCAGGAGAAUGGAGCGAGGCUCUUUACCCCCUGCUGACCACCCUCACAGACUGCGUGGCCAUGAUGAGCGACAAGGCCAAGAAGGCGAUGGUGUUCCUGCUUAUGCAGGACAGCGCCCCCACCAUAGCCACGUACCUGAGUCUGCAGUACCGCCGUGAUGUGGUCUUCUGCCAGACGCUGACUGCUCUCAUCUGCGGCUUCAUCAUCAAGCUGAGGAACUGCCUGCAUGACGACGGCUUCCUGCGGCAGCUCUACACCAUCGGGCUGCUGGCCCAGUUCGAGAGCCUGCUUAGCACCUACGGUGAGGAGCUGGCCAUGCUGGAGGACAUGAGCCUUGGAAUCAUGGACCUGAGGAACGUGACCUUCAAAGUCACUCAGGCCACUUCUAAUGCAUCGACUGACAUGCUGCCUGUCAUCACGGGAAAUCGGGAUGGCUUUAACGUGCGGAUCCCUCUGCCGGGCCCGCUGUUCGACGCCCUGCCUCGGGAGAUCCAGAGCGGCAUGCUGCUGCGGGUGCAACCUGUCCUCUUCAAUGUGGGGAUCAACGAGCAGCAGACGCUGGCUGAGAGGUUUGGAGAUACGUCUUUACAAGAAGUUAUCAAUGUGGAAAGUUUGGUGCGGUUAAACUCCUACUUUGAGCAGUUUAAGGAAGUUUUGCCUGAGGAUUGCCUACCUCGAUCUCGGAGCCAGACAUGCCUGCCAGAGCUGCUGCGUUUUCUGGGCCAGAACGUACAUGCCAGGAAGAAUAAGAACGUCGACAUUCUCUGGCAAGCCGCUGAGGUCUGCCGCCGCCUUAACGGGGUCCGGUUCACCAGCUGCAAGAGCGCCAAGGACCGCACGGCCAUGUCAGUGACGCUGGAGCAGUGCCUGAUCCUGCAGCAUGAGCACGGCAUGGCCCCACAGGUGUUCACCCAGGCCCUGGAGUGCAUGCGCAGCAUUGGAACACGGGAGGUAGUCACCCAGAAGAACUUGAGCGGCCUGGUGCCCAUCCGAGACUUAAGACUAGACCCCAGCCUCCUUUGUUCCAUCCCUUUGUUAGCCCUGAGCCCCAAUUUACUGAUUGUGUGGCUCUUCCUCAGCAUAGCAUACCUGGUGACCAAAUUGCGUUGCAAAUGAGUACCAUUGCGAAAAGCAGUACUAAGUCACAAGAAAAACAAAAGUGCCAGAGUAUGUCCAGCCACCUGUGUACCUGACUGGACAGAAGGAAUGUGUCAGAGCGUGGUCUGCCGAGAAAUAUUUCAUGCCUUACAGUUUGACGUUUUGUUGUUCUGAACUGUAAAUACCUGCCAAAUUAUCUCACCGAGAGGACUCGUGAGUUUAAAUGCCAUCGAGUUUUCAGUGCUUGUAACACGUCCUUACAGUGCCCUGUCACUGCACUGUUUAGCCGGCCUGGAGUUAACUUGUACCAAAUCUCUCACCUUCUGAUGUAAAACUGUUUAUUACCUGUAUAUUUCCUGUGCCCUGUUUCUGAGAGAAGGGCCUCUGUCUGAAGAGAAUUUGUAUAUUUGAUACUAUUCUUUAAUGUACCGCUAACCUUUCCUUUCCUUCUGAAGAGAAACAAAAAUGAUAGACGCUUUAUAACCGACCUAUCUAGAUCCACCUAUUCAAUAGGACGUGUACUUUCUGCUUUCAUUUCAAAGCAUAGUCCCUGAACUUACAGUAGCAAACACUUUGCAGAAUCGUAACAUUCCUUGCUUGUGUUUAUAAUUUCCGGUUUGAGACACCCCAAAGCUGUGACCGAGUUGCCCGUUGUACCCAGUCAGGCACAUUAAAGUAACAUACUGCAUGUGACUUUCAACUUACUCUUUGAAAUCUUUAAGGAUCACUAGACUGGUUACAGGAAU